AUGCCUCCGAAGCGUAAGCGCAAUGAGAGAGCAUCCGAGGCUGGCGGCAACCGACCAGCACCUCAUCGCCCAUUUGAUACCGCUCUCGGUCAGCACGACAGAGAGUUCCAAGACGGCAGCCCAUCACAGAGCCGCCGCGGACCUGGUGGUGGAAGAAACACCAGAAGAAACCCAGAUCGUCGCGAUUCUUCGGGCAGCCAACUCGGUCCAGGCUCAAGUAAUCGAGUCCCUGCCUCCCCGUCAGUUGCUCGACCACCUAGCUCAUCCUCGCAAGCUCCAGUAGUAGCGAUGCCGGCCACUCCAUCCGCACCCCCGCCCAGUCAGCCUCGUGCUGCUAUCUCCUCCAACUACAACUACACGGUCUUGACAGAGGCGCGGUUCUCGGCUUGGCAGCAAAGCGGUCGCCAGGAGGUUAUCGAGCAUGGCAUUACGUCUCGUAGCGAUGAAGAUGUCGAAGAGAUCUCUACCAUCUCCCAAGAAUUCACACGCGCUGUCCUUGAACACCGCCUCAAUCCUUUGGAUGCAGGCGGCUGCAUGAAGCAGAUUCUUGGACCCGAAACCGAGAGAACUGACGAUUCCGAGUUUGCCUUCGAUGCCCAAACCCUCUUCCUCGACAUCAUUUCCGUAUUCAUUGAAUCUGAGAAUGGCAGACCAAGCACCCAACUCCGGGAUUUUAUCACUGCGACGGAGCUCUCACCCAAGCUUCUGCGCGAGGUCUUGGAUGCAACAGCACUGCAACAUCUCGGUCUGAUUCGGGACAAUUUCGUCAAGCUUGGAAUUCGCUAUGCCACGAAUCAGUUGUAUCGGCAAGCAAACUACAAUCUGUUGAGAGAAGAGUCUGAGGGCUAUUCGAAGCUCGCUGCGGAGCUGUACCGCACCCCGUAUCAUACCCAAGGCCCCAAAAGCCAAGACUUCGUACUUGUGGAAGCAUGCUGGGAGCGCGUCAAAGCGCUCAUAGGAACCUUUGACUUGGAUGUUGGCCGUGUUCUUGAUGUGGUCAUCGACGUCUUCUCCGCAACGAUGCUGAGAAAUAUCCAGUUCUUCACAAGGUUUUUGCGAGUCAGCUCCUGGUGGCCUCACAACCAGGUCGUGCACGCAGAGAAGGUGUUCGCAGGCGGCCUGCCGAACUGGGCUUUGCCUAGUGGAGGUCUCGACUUGGGCGAUUUCGACGCUGAGCUCGCAGAACGUGCCCACGAACGGGACCUUGCGUUCUGGGAUAGAGCCCGGGAAAUCCACCUGGAUGCCUUCUUUGAACUUGGAGGAAGACGAGUCGCGGAUGCCGAUCUGCAACGGCUUGUGGAGGCCACGUCGGAGAGCUCCAACCUGAAUAUUGAUUCAAGUCUGGAAUGGAUGAGAAGCACGAAAACUCUGCCGCCUAGCGGGAACAGAGUAGCUGCUCAACUGCUUGGCUUCAAGUUCCGAUUCUAUGCAUCCGACGCGCGAGACCGGAGCGAGACUCUGCCGGCCAAUCUUUAUUACCUUGCGGCUUUUCUCAUAAAGAUCGGGUUUAUUUCACUCCCUGAUCUGUAUACCCAUCUUUGGCCUGCCGAUGAAGAUAUGGAUAAACUCAGGAAACGGCGCGAGGAUGACCUUGCUGAAAAGGAGAGGAAUGCCAGACAAGGGAAUGAACCGAACGCACUGCUCAUGGCUGGUGCCUUGUCCGAUGACACCGUGCCAACGUCGAGAUCACGCGACGCUGCAGCCGCAAAGUCUGACGCCAAAGACCAGGAGGCCGGUGCCAAGCAACAAGACGAUGAGACAAGCCUCCCAGAACCAAAAGAGGCCCACAAAGCAGACCUAGUUUCUCACCUGCUUGUCGUUGGUGCUCUCCCAGAAGCUCUUUUCAUCUUGGGCCAAUUUCCUUGGCUUCCUGAUGCAUACCCUGAGGAGAUUUAUCCAGCGGUAAAUCGCAUCCUCCUUCAUUCCAUCAGUAAAGUAUACCAAGAUGCGAGACCCGUCGAACUUCGGACAACAAAAUCAACUCUUCUUCGGCCGGAAGCUGCCCAGGAUCAAGCUGGCAUACCAAAAGGCAAACUACGACUUGUUGAUGGUACACCGAUCAGGGUCCUGAAAUGGCCGCACCCGGAUGGUAUCAGCAAGGGCACCCUCUAUCGAUUCUAUCUCGACAGCUGGGCGGAUAAUGUUCCAGUAUGCCAGACUGUUGAUGACGUCUUCACACUUUGCAGUACGCUCCUGAACGUUUCUGGUGUCAACAUUGGCAGAGAUCCUACGCUAGUUAAGAAACUGGCUGCCAUCGGCGUCAAGAGCUUGGUAGAAGAUCAGUCGGCAGAGAAUACCGCCCGGUGGCAGGACCUUCUCCGUCGGGUUCUGGUCCCGUCACUUUCCUUGACCACCGCCAACGUCGAUACCGUGGUUGCAGUCUGGGAUCUGCUCAAGCAGUUUCCAACGCCAGUCCGUUACAGCAUUUACGCCGAAUGUUACGAAGGACAAAUCACCCGGGUGCCUGCAAUGGCACAUGCGUUCAAGAAUGCCAGGCGGGACACAUUGGCGACGCUGAAGCGGCUGGCGCUACAGAACGUACCCUCGUCUGCGAAGAGACUGGCUAAGAUCGCAUUGUCAUCUCCAGGCAUUGUAUGCAAGGUUGCUUUGGAUCAAAUCGAAGCGUACAGCAAUCUCAUUGAAGCUUUCGUCGAGUGCACCAAGUACUUCACUGAGCUGGGGCAUGAUGUUUUGGUUUGGUCUCUCCUGAGCUCCCUCGGUGGCAAGCAAAGAAGCAGGACUCAAGAAAUAUCUAUACUCCUUACCAGUAAAUGGUUGCAAGCCCUGUCAAGGUUUUCAGGGAAGGUUUUCCGGCGAUACCCGAACAUGGAUGUUACUCCGGUCCUCCAAUACGUGAACGACCAAGUGGCGCAGGGCAACUCGACCGACCUAGUAAUCCUCCGAGAACUGAUCACGUCGAUGGCUGGUAUUGUCUCGGACAUCGAUUUCACAGACGUACAGCUAUCUGCAUUGAGCGGUGGUGAGCUUCUACGGCGCCGCACUCUCAUCAGUCUAGGCGACAAGCGAUACGACUCGGGGAAGAGUGCCUCUCGCUUCAUGAAAGCAUUGGUGCAUACGAACAUUGCCUCGCAACUCCUCACGAACAUGGCCCAGUACCGGCAGUCGGCUAUCUAUCGACUACCCGAGAACGAGACACACAUCAAGUACCUAGCCACCGUGGUCGACGACUCGCAGCAAGCUCUCGUUCAAUACGUUGAAUUGCUUCGCAGUAACUUGACGCCUGAAGACUUCGAUGCGCGUAUGCCAAGCGUUCCCCAACUGAUGACGGACUUUGGUCUUGACGCGAAUCUCGCAUUCUUGAUCGGCCGCGCCAGUCUUACAUACUACAUGACAGGUUCAGAUGACGAAGGACAAGCCAAACAACCUCUGGAUGCCGACGGCGAUUCGAAUAUGAUCGCAGACACUGAGGCUGGUCCAACAGCAACUGCCUCCAGCGAAGACUCAGAGGACCGUAUGCAAGUCGAAAAUCCAGAUGCGAGCGGAGGCUCAUCAGAGAAAACGACGUCCUCGUUUGCUAAUCAUCAGAAGCCUGACCGUCUCAUGAACGUGCUCAGUCCUAUCGUUGACGCCGUCAGAACUCUCCUACCGGCAGACGUGUGGAACAAGCUUAGCCCUGAAUUCUUCGUUCUUUUCUGGUCACUUCAAACUGGCGAUCUCGAUGUCCCUAAAGCCAGCUAUGCGCCUUUGCUGGAGGCAUAUACCAAGGAGCGCGACCAACUCAAGAGGAGCGGUAUAAACAAAAUGGGUGGCGAAAAUAGGAACGAGUCAAAGAUCACCGCAGUAGAGCAACUCAUGGAGCCCUAUUCCAAGGAACUGACAAACAGUAUGCAAAGGGCAGGCAAGACGAGGUUGCUGAUGAGAAGACAGAGUUCUGCUUGGUUUAGCUCAUCCGCCAAAACCGAUCUUAUCACUGACACACUCAUCGAGGAGUGUCUCCUGCCCCGGAUCCUUCUCUCGCCAGGCGAUGCUGACUUCUGUCAUCGGAUGAUCAUUUUCUUGCACCUUGAGCGCGUGCCAAACUUCAAGAUUGCUAACUUGUAUGAUCGAUUUUUCAACGUCAAUCGAUUACGAUCGAUGAUCUUUGGCUGUACCGUUCGGGAAGCUGAGUUCCUUGGUCGUUUCAUCAAGAUCACCUUAGGAGAUCUUGCCCGCUGGCACCAGAGCAAAGAAGAAUACGAGAAAGACCAGCAAGGAACACUAGGAUUCGCAACUGCCUUCGACGACAAUGGUAAGCCUGUGUCGUUCAUGGAACAUGAUAAGUUUCGUGACCUGCUCUGGACGUGGCAUCGAAACCUGUCCACGGCUCUGAGGUCGUGUCUCGGAGGGACUGAGUGGAUGCAUAUUCGGAAUGCGAUCACGAUCUUGAAGGCUGGCCUCGAGUAUUUCCCUGCUGUGGACUUUAUGGGCCGGCAGUUUCUCCAGAGUCUUGGGAAGAUCGCCGAACGCGAAGCUGCUAGUAAGAAUGGGGCCGAAGACGGACACAGCCACAGGGUCGAUCUUGCCGUAACAGCAAACACGGCAACUUCGGCUCUCAAGAAAUACUCGUCGAAAUGGGUGAUGGUGCAGGCCUUCCGGGUCAACACUACUGGUGACACGGCGGAGGAGAAGAAGGCCGCAGAGUCAGGUGAACAGACUCAGUCUUCGCAUCUUCGUGCAAAUGCGCCGGAGUUCAAGCCCCGAACGACCAGUGGAUCCACUCGGACCAGGACGAACGUCGAUGAGGAAGAUGGCGAGGUCAAGGAUAAGGCAACAUCGGCUAUUACCCAGUCGACAGGUGCAGCAAGAAGGGAUGUGAGCCAAGUGAGAUCGAUGCACACGCCCCAAAAGCAAGAUCCGAGAUCCGCAUCUACCAGAUCUUCUGCGACAAAGUCGACCCCACCUGCGGCUGCCCCAGCGCCAGGGCUGAGACAGGAACAGAUCCGGACGUCCAGUCUGACUCCGGGUCCUGGUCUACCAAGCCGACCAGAAGUCCCCUUCCCUGGUCAUUUCACGCAUGACCAUCUUGGUCAGAUCAAAAUCACACCCAACCGGGAACAACGGGACUCGAGGGAGCCUAGGGAAACGCGAGAACCAAGAGAUUCUCUUGGCUCUAGGGAUCCCAAUUUGAGAGACUCGAGAGAUACACGGGACCCAAGAGAUCCGCGACCUUUCAGGCCACUUGAGGAUUCGCGGUCAAAUCGCGCACGAGAUCAUUCAACUCCUGACCGCCGAGCGGUAGAGAGUGUGCCAAGGGAGCCUUCCAGAUCAGAAAGAGAUCGUCAACCACCCAGGUCAGAUGCGCCUCGACGAAUUGAACCAACGCCGACAGACCGUGAUGUACGACCAUCGAGAGAGCGUACAGUACCGCCUAGUGGUACCGGACGAGGUACCGAAACGCACCGAGCACAACGUGAGACCCCAGCGGCCCCGAAGCCGAUGCCACCACCUCCUCCUGCCCCCCAACCAGAAACUCCGGGUCCAACUGUGAAUCCGGAACGCGCGUGGUUGAUCCAAUCUGAUCGUCCCGAAGACCGAUCAAACCCUGUAAAUCCGGCACGAGCGGCCUUGAUCAACGAUGGACGACCCGUUGGUCGUCCGAUCCGAGAGGACAGUCGAGAUCGUAACAGCCCACGACCAACAUCGCCAAGGCGCUCUGAUCGUCCCGACUCUCGAACUGGUGACUCGUCCCGUGAGGAACGACCUGGUCGUCCUCAUCGUGUAGACCACGCCGCAGCCCGGGAUCAUCGAAAUGAGCCCCAGCCAGCUUCCGCCUCCAAAGGUGGCAGGGUUUCAGACAAUGAAGGCGACCGAGUAAUGACCGACAGACCACGAGACUCGGCCGCUCUUCAAGGACCACUUCCGGCAUCUCGUGGCGAGCCUGAUCAUGGCAGGCUGGCUAUGCAAGAUCCGGAAUACGGUCGUCUGAGUUCCAUCACUUCCAUUACCGAUAUGGGUAAUCCGCCCGAGGGACCUCGUGGGCGUGGUCGGAAUGCGCCUCGCACGACGGUGAACACUCAGACACCUCGACCCGAUGCUAGAUUUCACACCAACGAGCCUCAUCGGCAGCCCUCACCAGACCGACAUCACCCUCCCACUGGCCCUGCAUCGUCUAGACCGCGGCGCAGCCAGCCUGGGGGCCAACACAAUACCGUCGCUGCAAUUUCUCCAGUCAAUGCAGGACCUCCACCAGCGGGAAUACAUCCUGAGAGGCUAAGACAACUGAACGUUGUGCCUGGCGCAGCACCGACGCCGACUCAAGGCUCUCACUCGGCUUCCACGCCUUCACCAGUAUCCGUGCACCCUGAUAGGAUGCUCCACAUUGUGCCGCCAUCGUCAUCCUCGGCAGGAACCUCGUACCAAGGAGGUCGUUCCAUGCCUCCGUUGCAAACACCAGAGCGGCCGCUCCACGUUGCAUCGUCGAAUCAUCGCCAGUCGAGUGGAAGCCAUCCGAUAACGCCUGGACCUGAUAACAGCCCCAUUUCGGCCCCCACCGGACCUGCGGCGGCUAAGGAUCGUGCCAGGACCGGUGGGAGACGGCAGUUGUCGGCCAUUAAUGAUACUCUGCAGGGCAGUCGAAGUCUGCGCUCGACUAAUUCCAGGUCCAACAUGGCUGGCUCUGAUGCCCAAGUGCUCACAGGUGUCUCUCCGAUCUCUACGAGCGGGGACGAAGAGGACAUGAUCAUGCCGAACGUUCCUCGCGUGUUUCCCGUCAUAGCAGCAGGGAUCGCAGUCCGGACCGAGAUCAGAGACCAAAAGAUAUUCGCCCUCGCCACCCACGUCACCGUGGAGAUGGAGGCAGCAAUAGACAAGAAGACUACAGUCGUAAUGGGGGACGAAGGGGCGGUGGACCACGGGACGAGCGUCGGGGCGAACCCCGUGGUGGACAGGAUGAUCAUCAUCGUGGCAGGAAGCGCCAAAGUGGCGAGGACUUUCCGCCGGGAUCGCAUGAAAAGCGGCAGAGACGCUAGGGUCGGAGUCAAACGAUUUUGUUCUCACGAUUUGUGA